GAUUGUGGCUGCUGGUGUUGGUGAAUUUGAGGCAGGCUUCUCCAACAAUGGGCAGACCCAGGAGCAAGCCCUUCUGGCUUUACACAUUGGGUGUAGAACAACUAAUGGUUGGUGUUAACAAAAUGGAUUCCACUGAGUCACCCUACAGCCAGAAGAGAUACAAGGAGAUCGUUAAGGAAAUGAGCACCUACAUUAAGAAAAUUGGCUACCGCCCUGACAUAGUAGCAUUUGUGCCAAUUUCUGGUUGGAACGGUGACAACAUGCUGGAGCCAAGUGCUAACAUGCCUUGGUUGAAGGGAUGGAAAUUUGCCCAUAAAGAUGGGAAUGCCAGUGGACCCACACUGCUCGAAGUUCUGGAUUGCAUUCUCCCACCAACUUGUCCAACUGACGAGCCCUUGUGUCUGCCUCUCCAGGAUGUCUACAAAAUUGGUUGUAUUGGUUCUGUCCCUGUGGACUGAGUGGAGACUGGC